UUUAAUUCUGAAAGAAUUCCCAUAGCUAUAGCUGAGGUUAAUCUUAGCUAUUUCCUCUCACUGCCUACCCACCCAUUAUACAUACACCUACCUGCAAGCCAAGCCUGGCCACUUCCUGUGCCACAAUUGUUCUGCCCAGGGUCUGAGUACCGAAGCAGAAAAGGCAUGGUACCAGCAGAGAUCACACCUGAACAAGGGACCCAGGGGAAGGGGAGGUUGGGAGGAGCCAUGAAGGGACUGAGUGACAAUCUGAGGAACACUCUGGCAUGGUCCUGGAAAGGGCUUUCAAAAAAUGCAAAAGAAAAGGAGGUUUUGGAGAAGGCGGCACUGGUCAGACAUGACGUCUUGCUGCCAAAUGAAAGAAGCUUUCACCAUGCUGCUAAAAGAAACAAUUUGGAUAUCAUGGAGCAGCUGAUUGAGGAGAAGGUUAACAUUAAUGCUAUGAACAAUAUGAAACGCACAGCUCUGCAUUUUGCCGUGGGUGGAAAUCAUUUAUCAGCAGUAGACUUCCUUCUGAAACAUAAAGCCAGGGUGGACGUUGCUGAUAAGCAUGGCUUGACCGUCCUUCAUCUUGCAGCCUGGUCUGGGAGUUUAGAAAUCAUGCUCAUGUUAGUGAAAGCUGGAGCAGAUCAGAAAGCCAAGAAUCAGGAUGGGAUGACUAUCCUCCACUUUGCAGCUCUGAACAAUAAUGUGAAAAUCAUGGAGUAUCUUAUCCAGGAUCUACAUCUGAAAGACCUAAAUCAGCAAGAUGAGAAAGGAAGAAAGCCAUUUCUUUUGGCUGCUGAAAAGGGACAUGUUGAAAUGAUAGAAAAACUCAUCAUUCUCAACCUGCUCACUUCAGAAAAAGAUAAGGAGGGAAAUACAGCUUUGCAUCUAGCAGCAAAGCAUGGUCAUACCAAUGUUGUAAAGAUGUUGAUAACCCAGUGGCAAGAAAUAAAUGAAUCCAAUGAGGAUGGAGAAACGCCAUUCUUUUUGGCUGCUGCAGGAGGUCAUAAAGAAUGCUGCAAAUUAUUAUUGGAUGCAGGAAGUGAUGUCAAUAUUCCCAACAAUAACAAAAUUACUGCUUUGCAAAUAGCAACCCAGAAUGGCCAUGUACCCCUUGUUACUUUUCUUCUCAAUGAAAACAUUGUUUUGGACCAGAAAGCUGAGCAGGAUUCCCCUCUUCACUUAGCAGUUGUCAAUAAUCAUGUCACUGUAGUGAACAAGUUAUUGGGAGCUAAGCACAACGUUGAUGCCUUAAAUCAGAAGCAGCAGACCCCUCUGCAUUUAGCAGCAGAUCUUGGAAAUGUGGAACUGGUGGAUACCUUGCUGAAGGCAGGCUGUGAUCUGAAGGCUGUUGACAAGCAAGGAAAGACUGCAUUAGCUGUAGCAUCCAGGAGCAACCAUUCUCUCAUCGUAGACAUGAUCAUCAAAGCAGAGAGAUAUUACACCCGGAGACAGGAACUUAAAGGAAGCAGCUAUGACUCACAAAUAGACUCUGCUCUGACAUUCAAACAAGAUCACAGUUUGGAGACGAAGCAGAUCCGCUCUUGCCUUUGGAAAUUGGCUUACCAUCAACUUAAAGCCCAAGACUGGCGGAAGCUGGCUCGCUCCUGGGAAUUUUCAGAUGCACAGAUCAAAGCUAUUGAAGAACAGUGGUCAGGAAAUGAAAGUUCUUGCGAGCAUGGCUAUAGAAUGCUGCUCAUCUGGUUACAUGGACUACUGAUAAGACAUGAGAAUCCCAUGAAACACUUGUAUGAAGGUCUGGUAAAUGCAGGAUUUCCAGAACUAGCAGAUGGGGGGACCAAUGACGCAAACAUGGUUGAAUGACUAUGUCAGAGUCACACAACUGAGGAUGACAGCGAGAUCCAGUCCAAUGUUAUUGCCUCUUCUCUACACUUGCUGCCUCCCCAGUUGUGUUGCUUACUGGCAGUAAAAUCUUGAAGUCUCUUCAGCUCUUCAGGCCACUUUCUUCAGUGAUAGAAUAGGGUUUUUUGAACCAGAUGACUCUGAAGGUCACUUUCAUCUCAUGAAGAUCUAUCUUUGAAUUUAGCUUCUGACUGGAAGUAUGCCUAAACUCCUCUUUAGAUGGCAGAAUUAUGGCUAAUAAAAUUUAAUACAUUGAUUGAAUUCAAUAUGAGAAAAUGGGUAAAGGACAUUUUAAAGAAACCUAUAGAACAGGAGGAAGCUAUGAUAUGGCAGACAUUGAGAAGGCCUUAGAAAGACCUGGGUUCAAUGACCACUCCUCACACAUUCUGGCUGUCUGACUCUGGACAGGUUACUUACUCAGUGCCCUGGGCAACUCUUUAAGACUAUAAGUUGCAGAAAAGGUGCCAACUUGCAUUUUUAGAAGGUGUUUCCUCACCUGGGAGUGAAAUAAGGGACCCAGUCCCUAGUCUAUCUCUAGAGAUCAAAGAUCUGUGGGAAGUAAAAAAUAACCUCAUUGAGGAUCAUGAAGUCUUAACAUUUCCUUCUAUUGAUACAACAUCCUGUCCUCAUACUUCUCCUAUCUCACAUUCCUCUUGAUCUCUGGGCUUUUUAUUUCCUAGUUUAUCACUCUUGUUUCUUUAUCUCUACAAUAUUGUAAUUAUUUGUGUUGGUAUAUUAAUUCCCUAUUAGAUUUCAGGCUACAUGAGGGGAGGGACUAUGUAGUUCUUUUAAUCUUUGUAACCUUACUUCUUAUUACUGCUUGUGCUAACAAAGUAGGUAUUUAAUAAAUGAUAAAUUUGGAGACAAAAGAAACCAGAUCAAAGAUGAGCAGGAAAAUAAAAUACCUUGAUAUAAUAAGUAAAAAAGUUCAUUUCAAAAAGGUUCUAAAAUUUCUAAAAUUGUGGAAAGAAGGAAGAGAAUUAGGGUUCAGAAUUCAUAACCUUUCAUUAGAGAUAGAACAUAACAUAUGCUUUUCUUAUGUGUUGUGCAGUCCUAGAAUGGGAAAAACAAUAAAGAGGAGAAAUACUGUUGCAAGGCUAAGUUAGAAAAAAAAAGCAUUUAAAUUCCAAGUCAGAAGACCUGAAUUCUGUUUUCAACUUUUGGCACAGUUGAAAGAAUUUAGCAUUUGGAAAUCAGAAGUUCAGUCACUUACUUUAACCUAUGUGUUCCUUGUUAAGUCAUCUAAUCUCUCUUGGGCCUUGGCUUCUUCAUCUAUAAAAUUGAAAAGAUUAAACUAGCUGACCUCUAAGGCCUUUUCCACUUCAAAACUGAUGGUUCUCUGAAUUGACUCAUAUUGUAAAUUUUAAGUCAUAUUGAUUUCUCUGAACUCCAGUUUUUCACAGGUAAAGUGAGGCUAUUACCUAUUGCUAUGUGCUUUGGGAAUGACAAAAUGAAUGGCUGAAGAAAUGAGGGAUGUUAUAUCUAGAGAAGAAAAAGUUUAAUGAAGACAUUUUCACAGUUUUACAACAUCUGAUGGGUUGUCACAGAGAAAAGGAUUAACUAAUUUUGUUUUGUCUCAAAGGGCAGCACUAGGACCAAAAGUUUUAGAAAUUUAAAAAAAGGAGGUAGAUUUUGCUUUAACAUGAGGAAAAACUAACUGGAUGGGUCUUUAAAAAUGAAUGAAUGUUUUCAGAGGGCAGAGAGGGGCUCCUUAUUACAGGAAAUCUUUAAAUGGAGGUCGAGUUUGUUGUUGGGGAUGUGAGUCAAGGCUUACAAUAGUUGCCCUCUUAAUGUCAUCUGACUGAGACUUUUGCUGUUUGAUAAGAAAAAUAACAUGAUUAAGAUGGAGUCACUUAUGCCUUAAUAAAGCAUUUAUUUACAAACUACUAAGUUAAAUAAUGAAACAGGAAAAAAAUAGGAAAAUGGAUAUAUAAAAACAAUGGCUAACGUACCAAUUUCUUCUCAUUUGGCUCACUGCUCAAAAUGAAAGAAAAUCCCACACGUUUGUAAAGUUAAACAUAAAUCUAUUCAACUAUUUAACUUAAGAUAACAAUUCCAACUCUUCCAAGUACUUGGAUCUUUUCCCUCUUUGGCUUCCUCUUUGGCUUUGGUUUUCAGCUUCACUAGAGUUCACUACAGCUGAAGUUAUAUUAUCAAAUUAAUCCAGCUAGCAUUUCCUUAAUUUAACCACUCUGAUAUCCUGACAGUUUCAUUGAGGAAGGAAGAUAAUUAAAUUAUUAUCAAUGAAGCUCUAUCAUUAACACUUUUGUCUCUGUAGUGCACAAGAAGUUCAUGUAACCUUGACAAUGGAUGUAGAAAUGAUUUUCUUUUUCACAAAUUUCUAUUUACAGGUAUGGAUAUCUUUGCUAAAUGAAUGCAAUUUAGCUAAACACACAUUCAAUUGUUUACCUAAGAGAAGGAUAAAAACUGAGAAAAUAGAAAAUUUUUGUCUCGAAAUCUGCUUUUUGAAUAUUUUUUCUUUGGGACUGAUUAAUAACACAACCAUUAACAAAAUUAGAAAUCAUUAUUGUUAUUUACCUUUAUUGUCAGAGCACAUUCAGUUCUUUCUCUGAAAGAUCUGAUCAAUUCUAUAGCAGCUUUAUAUAGCCAAAAAUAUCUUGUAGGAAAUGAUUCUGCAAAGAAUGACUUUUUAAAUUGAAGGAAAGGCUGAUAUAGAACAAUGGAGUAAAUAAAAGUUUUGAGAACACAACACAUGGUAAACAAACAGAGGGCUUUUUUAUCAGUGCUGUUGACAGCUUCCUUAACAUGAUGGCUUUUAAAAGUGUUUACUUGAACACAAACUUAGGAGGGGAAAUUCUUUUAGUGUUGCCCUAAAAUAUUUCACAAAAAGUCAUUGAACAUGG